AUGGAUGAUCAAAUUGUUAUUCGUCGUGCUGAUCUAUCUGAUGUUAAUGCAUUGUCUCAACUUUCGCAAAAGACUUUUCGAGAAACAUUUAUGGAAGAUUUUUCUAUGCCGUAUCCGGAAAAAGAUCUUCAGUCAUUUUCUCAUUCAUUGGCAAGUCCAGAAUGGUUUGCUAAUAUAAUGGUACAUCCAAAACGAGCUGCUUGGGUGAUAGAAGAUAAAAUGGAUGAUGAUCUUAUUGGUUAUGCUCUUGUUGGUCCUUGUAAUAAUAUUCCUCAUCCUGAUGUUUGCUCAAAUGAAGAUGGGCUACUCCAUCGUUUCUUCAUGCGACGUGAACAAAGAAAUCAAGGAUUUGGUCAACAGUUAAUCAAUGUCGUUUUACUUUGGUUAGAAGAACAUUAUUCUGCUCGACCUAUAUGGCUCUCUGUGUUUUCAGAGAAUUUUAAAGCACAAAAGUUUUAUGCACAUUAUGGUUCAUAA